UUGAAUUCUUCUUAUUACAGCUUAUUAUAUGCAAAUGUAAUGCAUAAAAUUAGACAACAUUAUUCUAGGUUGGGAUGCUAUGUCCGUAAAAAGUAUUCCUCCAACAUGUUUCUUCAAGGAUAUUGUGUGAAGCAUAAUAUAAAUCCUGCCACUGUGAAAACAUAUGCACGUGUCUUGCAUCUGGAUGAAGCUGUCGAAAACAAAAGUCCUUUAUGUGCAGGUAAUGAGCACAAAAAGAAGGUUGACAGACAAAAUUGUUUUCCUGAAUUCAAGUCCAGAGCUUCAUACAAAACUACAACAGAACUUCCUAAUAGAAUACAAAAAAAAUCCGAAUCGCUCAAAGGUAAUGUUGAUUUGAGCAAUAUACUAAAAAUAGAAGAACAUCUCAUGUUUCCGGCACUGUUAAUAGCAGAAAUGAAUCACUAAAUAAUUACUUGCUUCCCAAGAGGCUAAAUUCAUUGCUUUCUCAAUCCUGUCAGCAUGUCUUCAAAGUUAACUGCCCCAGUAAUCACAGUCUAAAACAAAGACAAAAAGUUUGUGAAGAUUUAGAAUUGUUCUUGAGGUCAGAAUGUCAUUAUGAUGUUCGUCUACAUCUGUUUGGUUCAUCUGGAAAUGGCUUCACCUUUCACAAAAGCGACAUCGACAUAUGUUUGGUUCUUGAUGAGGUGGAGAACAUUAUGCCAUCACGUCAAUUUCUCAUAACGAUUCUUGAACUGUUGGAGAUGUACUCUGGACUAACAUCAGUACGUACAAUAUUUUCUGCCAAGGUUCCAAUCAUAAAAUUUUUGACGAGCGAUGGCUAUGAAGGCGAUAUCUCUUUGAACAAUCCACUCGCACUGAGAAACACUGCAUUACUCACAUCAUAUGCAAAAAUUGACGUUCGCUGCAGGAUUCUUGGCUACAUGUUUAAAGAAUUUGUAAAAACGAAAUUUGUUAAGAACACAUCAUCAUAUGCAUACAUUAUGCUAGUAAUAUAUUUUCUUCAAAAAUGCAAUCCGCCUGUUCUCCCAGUGUUACAAGAACUUUACGAUGGCGAUUUUCAACCCGAGCAUGUUGUCGAUGGGUGGAACGCCUGGUUUUUUGACGACAUGAAAGCAUUACCCACAAGAUGGACUGGCUAUAACUUGAAUAAACAAUCAAUUGGCGAGCUAUGGUUUGAAUUGAUAAGAUUAUAUGAAAUUGAUCUCGAUAAUGAUGUGGUAUGUAUUCGUAAAAACGGUAUUAUGAAGAAAAAGGCAAAACAACAACAUAUAAAAUUUUUAUAUUCAACUACCGGUAAAUUAAAUACGAAACGAAUAUUUCACAACAGCAAAUGGGGAGGAAGAUCACUUGUAGUGGAAGAUCCAUUUGAUCAUGGACACAAUCUAACCAGUAAUGUCAGUAUGGCUAAAUUUAAAACUGUAAUAGAUUCUGCUAAUCGUUUACAUACAGCUAUGGCAAGAGACCCAUUUUUUCUCAAUUAUAUACCUAAAAUUAGAAAUGCUCACUUAUUUUAUUUACAGGAAUGGACAUCACAUAAGCUGAAUUAAUUAUCAGUCACAAACUCUUAAUACUAAAGACUGAUGAUUCUUUUACAAUUUAUUAUUUACCGGUAUGAUGUAUUUUCUUACUCAGCAACAUUAAAUUGUGAUGAUCACA